CUCUCUUCCUCCUCUAGUAAAUCACACUCCAGCACAAAGAUGGCUAUCUUCUUAUGCUUCCUCUUCUUUCUCCUCUCUUCUGCAACUGCUUGCGAUCGAUGCGUGCAUCAAUCCAAAGCUGCUUAUUUUUCGUCCUCUGCUCCCCUCUCCUCUGGAGCUUGUGGGUAUGGGUCCUUGGCCCUGGGCUUUAAUGGUGGACACCUUGCAGCUGGUUUUUCUUCGCUCUACAGAGAGGGAACUGGUUGUGGAGGAUGCUUUCAGAUAAGGUGCAAGAACCAGACCCUGUGUAGCAGGGGAGGGACUAAGGUUAUCUUAACUGAUCUUAAUAAGAAUAACCAGACAGCUUUCGUCCUCAGUGGAAGAGCAUUUAUGGCUAUGGCCAGUGAGGGUAUGGCAAAAGACGUUUUGAAAGUUGGGAUUGUCGACAUCGAAUACAAACGGAUACCUUGUGAUUACAAAAACCAGAAUUUGUCUGUAAGAGUGGAAGAAACAAGCCAAAAAUCACAAUAUUUAGCGAUCAAGUUUUUGUUCCAAGGUGGCCAGACAGACAUUGUCGGUGUCGAUGUCGCUCAGGUUGGUUCUUCAAAUUGGAGUUCCAUGAGCAGGAAUUAUGGGGCGGUGUGGGACACAAGCCGGGUUCCUGCAGGAGCGUUGCAGUUCCGAUUGGUAGUGACGGCAGGGUAUGAUGGGAAGUGGGCGUGGGGACCAGAAGUCCUCCCGGCUGAUUGGAAGGCAGGACUGAUAUACGAUGCUGGUGUUCAGAUCAGUGACAUUGCUCAAGAGGGUUGCUCUCCCUGCGAUCAUGAAGACUGGAAGUAAAUUUUUUUUGGGGGGGGGGGGGGGGGCUCUGCAGCUGUGGUUACCUACUGACGACUCCAUAGUCUACAUAUGUUGUAGUUUGGAUUCAUUCAUUUAAACUGAAAUUAAUGUGUAAAGCAACUAC